CAGGAGGAGGAGUGGUGCCCCCUCCUAGGGAGGUAUAAAGGCUCCCGGCCACCCUCUCCCCAACAUUCUGCCACCAUGAAUCCUCUGCUGAUUCUCGCCUUCGUGGGAGCUGCUGUUGCUUUCCCCUCUAACGACGAUGACAAGAUCGUCGGGGGAUACACCUGCCAGGAGAACUCCGUUCCCUACCAGGUGUCCCUGAACGCCGGCUACCACUUCUGCGGUGGUUCCCUCAUCAACGACCAGUGGGUGGUGUCCGCUGCUCACUGCUACAAGUCCCGCAUCCAGGUGCGUCUGGGCGAGCACAACAUCAAGGUCCAGGAGGGCAACGAGCAGUUCAUCAACUCCGUCAAGGUCAUCCGCCACCCCCGCUUCAGCAGCUGGACCCUGGACAAUGACAUCAUGCUCAUCAAGCUCUCUGCCCCUGCCGUCCUCAGCAGCCGCGUGGCUGCCGUCUCCCUGCCCAGCUCCUGCGCCCCCGCUGGCACCCAGUGUCUCAUCUCUGGCUGGGGCAACACCCUGAGCAACGGAGUCAACAACCCUGCACUGCUGCAGUGCCUGGAUGCUCCCCUGCUGAGCCAGGAGCAGUGUGAGGCUUCCUACCCUGGACAGAUCACCGACAACAUGGUCUGCGCUGGCUUCCUGGAGGGAGGCAAGGACUCCUGCCAGGGUGACUCUGGUGGCCCCGUGGUGUGCAAUGGUGAGCUCCAGGGAGUCGUGUCCUGGGGCUAUGGCUGUGCCCAGAAGAACAAGCCCGGAGUCUACACCCGUGUGUGCAACUUCGUGGACUGGAUUGAGCAGACCAUGGCUGACAACUAAAGUCCCCCAGCACCUCCAGUCACUUAGCUAAUAAAGUGA